GUAAUAACUGUAACAUAUUAUGGGUCAAUCUGCUUAAUGUAAUAUAAAUUGCAAGAAGUAAAUAUGUCUAUUGUUGUUUUCAAGUGGUAGAUAUAGAUAAGGUUAACCUGUUAAUCGGGUUUUAAAUUGAUAUACUUAUAAAUCAAUUAAAACUUAUCUACGAGACCAGUGAACCCGAUCAUUAGUUCGCAUUCAGACAUCGUGCAGCAUGAUACAAAUCAUAUUCUUCUGUCUAAUGGGCAUAAGUGUUUAUGCCCUGGACAACGGUUUGGCUAUUAAACCGCCAAUGGGAUGGAUGCACUGGCAAAGAUUUCGUUGCGUUAUCGACUGCGAAACAUACCCAGAUGAAUGUGUCAGCGAAGAUCUUUUUCGUAAAAUGGCUGAUAUAAUGGAGAGCGAAGGCUACUUGAAUGCAGGAUACAAUUAUAUAAUUGUGGACGAUUGCUGGAUGGAUAAGAAUCGUGCUAACGAUAAUCGUCUGCAAGCUGAUCCAAUUCGUUUCAAGAGCGGAAUGAAAUCGCUCGGCGAUUAUAUACACAGCAAAGGCUUGAAAUUUGGAAUUUAUGGCGAUUACGGGACUCACACUUGCGCUGGUUAUCCUGGAAGUUUGAAUUACUUAGAAUUGGAUGCUCAAACUUUUGCCGACUGGGGUGUGGACUAUGUGAAAUUGGAUGGUUGCUACUCUGAUCCAGAUACUAUGGUAGAAGGAUACGCUGCAUUUGGAAAUUACUUAAAUAAAACUAAGAGACCCAUGGUAUAUUCAUGCAGUUGGCCAGCAUACCAAGAGCCCGAUGGACAUGAAGCUGAUUAUGAUGCACUAAAGAAGACCUGCAACUUAUGGAGAAACUGGGACGACAUCGAUGAUUCUUGGUCCAGCGUUAGUAGCAUAAUUGAUUGGUUCACCAAACAUCAAGACCGAUUGGCUCCGCAUUCUGGGCCAGGACAUUGGAACGAUCCUGAUAUGCUAAUCAUUGGAAACUAUGGUUUAAGCGAAGAUCAAAGCAAAGCGCAGAUGGCAAUCUGGUCGAUAAUGGCAGCCCCAUUAAUAAUGUCGAACGAUCUCAGAGCUAUGAAAACAGAAUUUAAAAAUAUUUUGCUGAAUAAAGAGGCGAUAGGAAUAAAUCAGGAUGCAUUGGGAAUCCAAGGAAAACUAAUUGCUUCGAAUAAAAAGGUGAACCUAUGGACUAAACCGAUUUUACCGAAAGUCGACGGAUAUUUUUCGCAAGCUGUCGGUUUGGUCAGCAACAGGACAGACGGAUUCGCAUAUUUAUCUGAUUUCAAACUCGACGAUAUUGGUUUGGAUGCACCAAACGGAUACACGAUUCAGAAUAUUUUCGAAAAUGAAAAAAUGUAUACUAUACCUCCACACGGUUCUAUUUCCGCGCGGGUUCCACCAAAUGGAGGAGUUCUAUUAAAGCUUGUGCCAAUUCCAAAGAAACAUUUGUAAAAUCAUAUAUUUUUUUGAUAAUCACCAUCACCAAUCUGGAUUUCUAAAUGUAAUAUUGUAAUAUGACAAUAAUAA